UCUCAGUCGAGAAAGAGCCCAGAGAGUCUAACAGACAAACAACGCCAGUGUAGAUAGGAGAUAGACUGACACUCGCUGCGCUAUCUAUCGCAGAGAAACACAUUUUGACACAAAACGUGCAAGUCAAGUCAAAACAAAAAACAGUAACAUUCAUUUAAAGUAGGGCCGAAUUUCAUUAGGUCCAUGAAUUAUAACGUUUGAUGCUCCUCCGAAUUUGAUGUUUUUUCAUCAAUUUCAGGGAAUGAGCAAAAAGGACACUUUUGGUUUCUGUCAUCUGUUUUGAACAGAAGUCUGGAUUUUUUCUUGCCUUUUGGACAAAGGACAAACGGGGAACAAAUACAGAAGAAGACAUCAGCUCAACAAACAGAGCAAGGAGUCUAGCCAGAGAGAAGAAGAAGAAGCAGCAGCAGCAUCUUCACGCUUCUCUUCCCAGAGGGACCGCCGGUGAUUUCCUCCACCUGUGCGCCUCUCUCUCACGCGCUCACACUUUUCACUCGCGUGCGCACACACACGCACAGAGUCUAGAAGACACCCCAGCCUCAGCCCUUUUGAAGGAAUGGCUGCAGCCAAGACCGAGAUGCUUCUGCCCGGCCUCCAGAUCUCUGACCCCCUCAACUUCCCUCACUCCCCCAUGGAUAACUACCCCAAGCUGGAGGAGAUGAUGCUGCUCAACUCUGCAGGAACCCCCUUCCUCAACGCCUCUGCACCCGAGGGUGCAGCUUUUAGCACUGGGGAGCCAGGAGAUCAGUACGACCAUCUGACUGGAGAUACGCUAUCAGAGAUCUGCGAGAAGUCCCUGGCGGAGCAGAGUUACUCCACCCAGCGGCUGCCACCCAUCUCCUACACCGGCCGCUUCACCCUGGAGCCAGCCGUCAGUGGUGCGGCCAGCCUCUGGGGAGAGCCCCUCUUCAGCCUGGUCAGUGGCCUGGCAGGCAUUAACGCCUCCUCCAGCAUGGCCGCAGUGGUCAGCGCCGCCGCCUCCUCCGCCAUCUCUCAGACCACUCCGUCCUCCUCCUCCUCCUCCUCCAUCGUCUCCUCCAUCGCCUCCUCCCUGGCCUCCUCCUCCCAGAGCGCCACGCUGAGCUGCGCCGUGCACAUGAGCGAGCCCAACCCCAUCUACUCGGCCGCCCCCACCUACUCCAGUACCAGCCCCGACAUCUUCCCCGAGCAGAGCUCCAGCUUCCCCAGUGCCGUGGGCGGCUCGCUCCAGUACCCCCCGCCCGCCUACCCCAACGGCAAGGCCAGCGGGCCCAGCUUUCCCGUGCCCAUCAUCCCCGACUACCUCUUCCCCCAGCAGCAGAGCGAGAUCAGCCUGGUGCCGCCCGACCAGAAGCCGUUCCAGACGCAGGUGGGCCAGCAGCCAUCUCUGACGCCGCUGUCCACCAUCAAGGCGUUCGCCACGCAGACCGGCUCGCAGGACCUGAAGAGCGUCUACCAGUCGCAGCUGAUCAAGCCCAGCCGCAUGCGCAAGUACCCCAACCGGCCGAGCAAGACGCCGCCGCACGAGCGGCCGUACGCCUGCCCCGUGGAGACGUGCGACCGGCGCUUCUCGCGCUCGGACGAGCUGACGCGCCACAUCCGCAUCCACACCGGCCAGAAGCCCUUCCAGUGCCGCAUCUGCAUGCGCAACUUCAGCCGCAGCGACCACCUCACCACGCACAUCCGCACGCACACCGGCGAGAAGCCCUUCGCCUGCGAGAUCUGCGGACGCAAGUUCGCCCGCAGCGACGAGCGCAAGCGCCACACCAAGAUCCACUUGCGGCAGAAGGACAAGAAGGCCGAGAAGAGCGGCGUGGGGGCAACCGGGGUCGGCAUGGGGGCAACCAUGUCCACCACCAGCAUCUCCAUCCCCUCCCCCGUGUCCAGCUACCCGUCCCCCAUCGCCUCCUACCCCUCCCCGGUCUCGUCCUACCCCUCCCCAGUAGCCUCCUGUUACUCCUCGCCUGUGCACAACUCCUACCCCUCACCGUCCAUCGCCACCACGUACUCCUCAGGCACCAGCACCUUCCAGACGCAAGUGGCCACCUCCUACCCCUCCUCAAUAGCCACCCACAUCUACAGCUCGCCCGUCACCACUCCCCUGCCAGACAUGCAGUCCACGCUCUCGCCACAGACAGCUGAGAUUUGCUAAGAGACAUUUCUGAGCUCGUCCUUACCCCACCUCUCCUGCCCCACACUUCCGCAAAAACGUGCAGCUCAGCUAAGACGAUUUUACCUGUCUUUGUGUAGGGGAAGGGAGAAGUUAGAGAGAGAGAGAGAGAGAGAAAGAAAACCAUCAAAAAAGACUUGUUAUUCCCCUCUGAAAAGCACCUUUUUCGCGCACUCCCUUCGCAACGUCGAGUUGACAGCGAGAGAGACAGAGAAAAAAAUAGUCAAGGACUUUGACAAAGACAGCAGAAGACUAAAGGGAACUUUUUUUCACUCCCCCAAAUCCCUUCCCUUCAAAUAAGGCAUAAGAAAACUUUGUAAUGAUAAAGACGCAAAACAAGCUAUGGCAGGUCUUUAUUUUGUAUGACUGUACACACAGAGACUCACUCAAACAUACAAACAUAGAAGAGUAAACAGGAUUUCAUCCUUUGAAUCAGAUACCUGCAGUCUUCAAGCUCAAGCAAGAAAACAAAGGAGACACUUACAAAAGACUUUGGAUAAUAUACAUAAGUUACAGUAUAUGUAUAUUGUACAGGUGCCAUGUUUCAUUACGUUUUAUUCAUUUUUGGUACCAUUGUUGUGAAAAAUGAUUUGCAUAUUUGCAUUGUAUUAUUUGAAUUGAGCAGGGCCAUAUUUUAUAGAAUUCUUUCCGUAUUACGUAGUGAAAAUGCUGUGAUAAGUUCUUGACUUUGUUUGGGAAAAAAAAACGCACUUAAGUAUUCUGAAGCAUGUGUAAGAGUGAUGUUAGUUUCUCUUUUUUUGUAAAUAUCAUCCACUGGUACUCUCCUUAUCUUUCUCACACGUGACAAGGCAGUCUGUUAUCUUGGGGGGGCGGGGGGACACAACAAGGGACUUUGUCUUUCUUUCAGACUCACAUUUUCAAGUUUUCGGUGCCUUUUGUGAAGCCUUGCUGGUGUUUCUUGACACAAGUCAUGUGCGCGAGUUGAUGCAUUGCAUCUAGCCUUAACGUGGAAGGGAUUUUUUUUUUUUUUAACAGAAUGUAAGUUACAUUUCAAGGAACGAAGGGAAAGUAUACAUGGGCACUGGUUCAUUUCUUUCGGAUGUAAGCAAAAAAAGAAAACUAUAAACUAUAUUUUUGUAUGUGUAUAUACCUACAUCUUCAGGAGUUGGAAUGUUGUAGUUACCUACUGAGUAGGCAUGGGAUUCUUUUGUAUGUUUAUUUACAUGCAAUCCAUUAUUUUGUUGUUAUUUUAAUUUUGUAUUUGUGUUUGUUAAACCAAGUGACUGUUUAUGGCUUAUAAACACAUUGAAUGCGCUUAACUGCCAAUGGGAUAUUUGGUGUACAAGAUAUCCUUCCAGAACUGAAAUAUAAAUAAAAUAUAAAUAUAUAUGUUCAA